AUGCGACGAGAAAUUACUCUAGCAAAAAGGUUGACGACUCUUAGGAAAGCGAUAAAUACGAAGCCACCCCCAAAGAGCUUUCUUUUCUCUAGCAUUCAAAAUUGUCAAGAAUAUCUUGAUUAUUGCAAACACAAUAGUAUUCAACUAGAAUCUACAAAUUUCAGAGGUACGUUAUAUGAAUUGGCCGCUAUGGAAAUUUUGAAGGAGCAGCUACAUUGCGAUGGAUUGUUAAAAGUAGGUGGUGCAAAUGAUCAAGGUGUAGAUAUAAUAGGCAAAUGGAACUUGAAACACUUUUGGGAUCAAUCACUUCUUAGAUUUCCACAGGAGAGAUCACUUCAAGAUAUUAAAAACAAUGAUUCUAUGUUGAAGAGCACAAUUGAAGCAGGUGAAUUUUUGGAUAAAAAUGGGAAUCGGAAGCUUAUUUCUUUAGAAAAAGAUAUCAACAUCCUAGUACAAUGUAAAAAUCAUCAAAGUAAGAUAAGAGUCUCAACAAUUAGAGAGCUUACAGGAACAUAUUUUAAUCAUACAAGAUCAACAGAUGUCUACAAAAACUACAUGUUCUUAAUUUCGCCGGGAACUCUUACUAAACAAGCGCAUUCUUUAAUGGAUACCAUCGAUAUCCCGAUGAUCCAUUGUAGGCUCUCUAGUUUGCAAUCAAUAUCUUCAGAGGAAGACGUUUAUAAGCUAGAAAAUUGGAAUGGUCCUGUAUUGAAAUCAAUAUAUUUAAACCGUCUAUCUAGACAAUUACUACGUGGACUUAACUUGGAGCUACAGUUUGAAUUAUUAAUGGCAGGAGUAGAAUAA